GCGACUGGAGAAAUGUAUGUGGGUAACUCGUUAGCUAUUAUUAGCAGUUUCYUCUUUGAAAUAACCACAGCUAUCAAGCAGUUUUGUUGCGUUUGUUUAAAACAGUCAAACGCAUCUUCUUACGUGUUUUCCUGACGAACAGAGAUCCCUGUACAUUUCUCCAUCCCCUGAGCUGUAAAGAUGGAAGGCCAUGUUCACUGUUUGAMCUGCAUUAACCUGAGGUGCAUGGUCAGACCGGAACCUGGACUUUCUUGUGAUCUCGUUUCAUGCCCGCUGGUUUGUGGAGCCGUGUUUCACUCCUGCAAGAGUGACGAGCACCAGCUUCUGUGCCCCAUGAUGAGGGUCCCGUGCCUUAACUGCGACUAUGGCUGCCCGGCCUCCAUGAUCCGCAACCAGAUAUCUGCGCAUCUGGACGUGUGUCCGGCUGGAGUCGUUUGCUGCACAAUGGAGUGGAACAGGUGGCCAGUCAGCAGCUUGGACUAUACUUCCUAUGAGAGCUUAAGUCGUGUUGUGGAGGAGGUGGAGCAACUGGAUAUGCAACUUGCCCUCCAGGACCAGCACACACUCCUCGAGUCCCUUAAAGUGAUCGCUAAGGCCCCUUCUGUUCAAGAGGAACGACUUGUCCCUGUUAGUAAAGAGAAUGARGCACAACGUUUGGCUUUACAACCACCUGCUUCUAAGACCUCUGCGUCCUCUAAAUCACCGUCCUCACAUSAGUCACAACCAAGCCUGAGAGACACAGCAAAAGAGAAAAUCAUCAGGGGGAUUAAUGGCUUGAAUGAGGAACAUUUCAGUCAACUGUAUGAGGCCACAGCUGAAACGGCAAGAAGCUUAGUCGCUGCUUUAGACUUCAUUAGCAGUGCCGGCUGUGGUGAGAGCAGCUCAGAUUGUUUGAAUAUCGAAGAUGCUUUUAUAACAACUGAUUUGAGCAACAAUGAAGGCCUCGCUAAUGAAGGUGCUGAUAUAUUUUACCAAAGAGACRGCGAGGAGGAAAGUGGUUGUUUCAAUGGAAACGGGGCUCUUGAAGGACCAGACGAAAAGGUUCAAAACAUUGGACCAAUGACGGGAGCCUUGGAUGACGUUUUGGAGACGACCAAAGAUGGCAACGCAAACGUUUCUCAGGAAAAACUGGUGUCCCCAGUUCAUGUCAGUCCUGGUGUGGCACAGAUUGCUGAUCAUGUGGUCCUGGACGAUGGAAAUGAAAGGUUUCACGAUCAGUGUUUUACAGUUGAGAGCCAGCUUUCAUCUAAUAAAACAGCUGUGAUGACUGGCCAGCUAYCCUAUAAACUGCCUGCCAAAAUGGUGGACAAGGCAGUGGAUACUUCAGACCUGGAGCAGGGUGACGACCCCAUGGGUUUAGCCAUGGGUUUAGAAGAGAUCGAUCUGAUCACAGCAGCCCUGCUCUUCUGUCUAGAGGAGUCCAGAGAGUGUAGAAGGAUCUCUGAUACGGUCUACGUAGACGGUUAUCGUGUCGAUUUYGGAACACAGACGUUCACGUUCCCUGCAGCCAUUUUGCUCACCAACACCCGUGUGGGCGACAUGGCCUCCGCCUCCGCCUGUGACCACGCCGCRCCGCAGCUCACCCACCCCAGCCCGUUCCACACCCUCCGCCUCGGCUUGGUCCUCGAAGCUCUGAAGGCCGAAGCGGUCCCGUAUAACCGUUACCUCACUUCUAAUCCACACUACCAACAAACAUUCCCCUUCAUCUGYGGCCAGUCGUUCCGCCGGGACCAGUUUUCUUCCCAUUUCCGAAACGUCCACGGAGACAUUCACGCCGGUCUCAAUGGCUGGAUGGAGCACCGCUGCCCCCUCGCGUAUUACGGUUGUACUUUUUCCCAACGAAGGUUUUACCCAACAACCCAGGGAGCCAAAGUAGUCCACGACCGGCACCUAAAGUCCUUCGGAGUUCAGCCUUGUCCAGAACUAGAACUCCCAAGUGAGACUCCUCAGUUGGAUGAUUUUAGUAGACUGCCCAUGGAGAUCCUGCUGCACAUAGCUGGAUUCCUGGACAGUUUUAGCUUGUGUCAGCUGUCUCUAGUCUCCCGAACUAUGAGGGAGGUGUGUGCCAGCCUCCUCCAGAUGAGGGGCAUCGUGGAGGUGCAGUGGGAGCAAAGACUGUGUCCUGGUGGUCCUGGCUCUCCUGGCACUGUGUCGUGGCAGAUUAAAAAUAAGAUGUGGAAAUUCAGCACUGCCUUCAGCCCCGUGUCCUCCUGGGGYUUCACUGAUGUCCCCAGCAUGUCUGUUCACCUUAAGAAGUGCCACUUCAACAUGGCCGAGCAGAAAACGGAGCCCAUUCCACUUCCUGCCAUGUGCACGGCGCGAGACGGACUCUCGCUUCGUCGCGUCCUGCGUCACGUCCACUCCUGACCACAAACCGAGCUGCACAAGUUUCACUUUGGUGUUCUGUGAAUGUUAAGAUAUUUAGGUUAUUAUUUUUUUUUUUGAGUAAAUCAACACUUCCUGUAUUUUAAUUUGGAAAGAAGCCUUAAUGAAACAACACCUCUUGUGAACAAUUUAUAUUUAGAAAGAAAUAUUAAAUAUGAGCAUUUAUCUUUGCAUGGGUUUGUGCUAAAAAACAAAAAAAACAUCUUUAUUCUGGUAAGAACACAUAUUUUGACGAGUGUGAGCACUAGAUUUUUAUUCUCAAUAAUGUUAAAGAUGAACUUACAUAUUUUUCUGCCUUUGUGAAAAACAGCAAGUUGUUGGUUAAACUGUGUUAUUUCUGUGUCAGAAACUAUGACAGCACUUUAAAUGUUUCUAAUCCCUUCCAAGAGGAUCAGUAAAGCUAAUUUGAAGCACUUCUGAUCUCUUCCAGGGGUCCAGCCAUGUGCACAUGUUUUGUUUGGAUUUGUUUGUUUGUUUGUUUACAAUGUGUUGUAACAGUUGGACAUCCAGUAAUUAAUGUAUCUAAUUUGCUGCAAUUUAAUAAAGUCCCCACUGCCUUUUGUAUGA